AUGAGUGGGCGUGCGGUGAUGAGGCCACCCAAUGCUGGAAGGAAUCAGGCGAGAGGAGGACGAGCCCAAGCUAGUGGGCGAGUAUAUGCUAUAACGAGCGCGGAGGCAGCUAGCUCAGCGAAGGAGUUGAUCUUCCCUGGUGAAGAAGAAGAAGUUCUUUCAGUGACGCUCGGUCAGCUGAAAGAAGACAUUAUGGAAGGCGCCAGCUGUUUCCUGAUUAUGACUCACGAGGAUCAGGAAUCCAGAGAAAUGGUAGAAGAACGAUCGUCCACUAGAAACGGUAAUGGACGAUCGGUUGUGGACGAGUUUGCGGACGUUUUUCCGGAAGAGAUCCCUGGACUUCCCCCUCAGCGUGAAAUGGAGUUCACGAUUGAUUUGGUGACUACAGCGGCUCCCAUCUCAGUUCAACCAUAUAGGAUGUCGCCUGCGGAGUUAGCUGAACUAAAGGAGCAGAUUGAGGAGUUGAUAGAGAAGAAAUUCAUUAGGCCGAGCGUAUCACCUUGGGGAGCGCCCGUGCUGUUAGUAAGGAAGAAAGAUGGCAGCUCUCGGUUGUGUAUUGACUACAGGCAAUUAAACAAGCUGACCAUCAAGAACAAGUACCCUUUGCCAAGGAUAGAUGACUUGCUGGAUCAACUACAUGGGGCUGCAGUGUUCUCGAAGAUUGAUUUGAGGUCCGGAUAUCAUCAAAUUAAGGUUAAAGAAGAUGACAUCCAGAAGACAGCAUUCAGGUCACGGUAUGGGCAUUAUGAAUAUGUAGUGAUGCCUUUUGGAGUAACGAACGCUCCAGCCGUGUUCAUGGAGUACAUGAACCGCAUAUUCAGGCCUUAUUUGGAUAAGUUUGUGGUCGUCUUCAUAGAUGAUAUCCUCAUCUAUUCCAAGACCGAAGACGAGCAUGAAGAGCACCUUAGACUUGUACUUGGAGUGUUGCGGGAGAAAGAAUUAUAUGCCAAGUUGUCUAAGUGUGAAUUCUGGAUGAAGGAGAUUCAGUUUUUGGGUCAUGUGGUGUCGGCUGGAGGCAUCUCGGUGGAUCCAGCGAAAGUGCGAGCGGUACUGGAUUGGGAGAGUCCGCGUUCGGUCACGGAAGUAUGUAGUUUUGUUGGACUGGCGGGCUACUACAGACGUUUCAUUGAAGGUUUUGCUAAGAUAGUAGCGCCGCUAACUCAAUUGACCCGUAAAGAUCAGCCGUUCGCUUGGACCGAUCGUUGUGAGGCCAGUUUUCAGGAGUUGAAGGUGAAGCUUACGAGCGCCCCAGUGCUGGUUAUUCCGGAUACGUCUAAACCGUUUGAAGUCUAUUGCGACGCUUCUCAUCAAGGUCUGGGUUGUGUUUUGAUGCAAGAGAAGCGAGCGGUAGCGUAUGCGUCUCGGCAGUUGAGGAUUCACGAGAGGAAUUACCCGACGCACGACCUGGAGUUGGCAGCGGUCGUUUUUGCGCUGAAGAUCUGGAGGCAUUUCUUGUAUGGAUCCGCGUUCCAAGUCUUCAGAAAAGCGAACGUGGUAGCAGACGCCCUAAGCAGAAAAGUGGUGCAUAUGUCGUCUAUGAUGGUGCGCGAGCUGAGCUUGGUGGAGAGUUUCAGAGAUCUAAGGUUACAAUUUGAGUUAGAACCGAGCAGCAUCAAGUGCUGUAACCUUAGAAUAUCUAGCAAUGUGUUCGACCGAAUCAGAAUGAAACAGCGAGAGGACGAAGAGCUGGUGAAGAUCUUAAGCGCGCUCGGUACGAAUCGAGCCAAGUGGUUCAAUACAGGAACGGACGGCAUGCUGCGUUACCAGGGUAGGACGUGCGUUCCUAACGAUGGCGAGCUGAAACGGAUCGUUUUGGAGGAAGCUCAUCACAGCCUCAGAAAUCACGAUUCAAUCUGGGUGAUCGUGGACAGACUAACGAAGAGCGCCCAUUUCCUGCCCGUGAACUUGAAGAUGUCAAUGACUAAUUUGGCCAAAUUGUAUAUAAUUGAGAUCGUUCGUCUGCAUGGAGUGCCUUCAAGCAUAGUUUCUGACCGAGACACGAGAUUUACAUCUCGGUUUUGGCAAUCCUUACAAGGUGAAUUGGGAAGCAAGCUGCAGAUGAGUUCAGCAUAUCAUCCACAAACGGACGGCCAGUCUGAACGUACCAUCCAGACGCUGGAAGAUUUACUGAGGACGUGCGUCCUAGACCACUUGGGCGCAUGGGAUGAAGUCUUGCCACUGGUGGAGUUCACGUACAACAAUAGCUAUCAGUCGAGCAUAGGUAUGGCGCCGUUUGAAGCUCUCUAUGGGAGGAAAUGCCGAACACCACUUUGCUGGUUCCAAGAGGGAGAGAAAGUGCUGACUGGACCCGAGCUCAUCCAACAAACGACCGAGAAAGUCAAGCAAAUCCAGGAGAGAUUGAAGACGUCCUUGAGCAGACAGAAGUCGUAUGCAGAUAAGAGGAGAAGACCGUUGGAAUUCGCUGCAGGAGACCAUGUGUUUCUUCGACUCAAUCCAAUUACUGGUGUAGGACGAGCCGUUCGACCAAAGAAGCUGUCUCCCAAGUUCAUAGGGCCGUACCAGAUUUUGAAGAAGAUUGGACCCGUAGCGUACGAGCUUGCAUUGCCGCCCCAACUAUCCAACCUUCACCCCGUUUUCCACGUCUCUCAACUUCGAAAGUAUAUAGCAAAUCCGACACACGUACUGGAGUUAGAAGACAUUCAGCUACGUCCAGACCGAACGUUAGAACUGCAUCCAGUCCGUGUUGAAGAUAGACGCACCAAGUACUACAAGGGCAAGGAAGUUCGCUUGGUGAAAAUGGUGUGGGACGCUAAGACGGGUGAUUCAACGUGGGAAAUUGAGAGCGCCAUGAAGGACUUGUAUCCUAAUCUGUUUCUGGGUGAGUCUCUAAUUUUCGAGGUCGAAAAUUUUUGUAGAUAG